AGUACAGAGCUACAUCAUAUUCCGAGCAAAAAUGAAGAAGCCUUAUUUUUCGGCUGGCUCGGAAUCACUGGAAUGCACUCUUUUCUCUCUGGAUGACAUACCCUUCGGAUCACUCGCAUUUUCAUCAGUAUACGUCGCAUUAAAAAUGUAUGCUGAAGAUGUGAAGAAUGAGAGGCUUAGGUUUCACUACUGCAUCAUAAACAAGAGACCUGGAGCAAGCCUAUCUGAUCCCAAUGGUUUUGAUUUGGAACAUCACCUGCAUUCAUGAAUUUUCGGAAAGCCUGAGUUUCUCAGGUUAGUGCUUUUACUUCCCCUGUAAUUCUUCAUAACAUGUGUUCCGGAUCAUGAUUUGUCUGCUGCAAUGGAGCUUUUAACCACUUUGCCCAUCUAAUUUAGUAAUCCUUCACUAAGGUUAGGGGUUGGGGUGUAAAGUUUCUUUUUAUAGAUCAGUCCCUUGGUUUAUCAUUUGCAAAUAUGCUG